UGAGACGGGGGUAGUAAGUGUGUCAUCAUAUAAUGUUUUUUAUUAUCUAUUAAGUUCUAUUUAUAUUUUAUGAUUGGGCAUAUUUUAUUUAUUAUGGUUUAAUAGGCUAUUUAUAUUCUGUAAUUAGAGCCACCCAAGUCAGUGUCAUUUUAAAUGUAGCCAAAAGUCAUACUUGAGUAAAAGUAUAAUUUGUUAAAAUAUUACUUUAGUCAAAAUGAAAGUCACCUAUACAAAUAGUAUUUGAGUAAAAGUCUUAAGUACAUUUAAUAUCAGAUUUUUGCUAUUAAAAGUAAUUUGCUGGCAGGAAAUGUACUUGCCUAUAAAAAGUAAAAGUAAAAUUAUACAUACAUUGACAUGUAUGAAAAUAUUGUGUACUAUGGUAGACUGAUUAUUGGUUCUAAUAGUCAGCAUUUUCUGAUUAUCAGAAUCUGUAUUUUUUAAUCUGAUGGUUUAUAAAUCCAAUCUGAAAAGUAACUAGUAGCUAAUGUAAUCAAAUAGUAAACAAGCGCUUAUUUGCCUCUAAAAUGUAGUAAAGUGGAAGUAAAUGGAAAUACUCAAGUAAAGUAAAAGUACCUCAAAAUUGUACUUAAGUCCAUCAGGACUUGAGUAAAUGUACUUAGUUACAUUACAUCACUGGUUGUCAGUAUUUCUGUCAGUUGCAUUGAGUCUGGUUGGUGCUGUUGGUCUGAUGUUGAGUGGGAACAGCCCAGAAUAAGAACAGUGUUUCACCUGAAAGUAUUUGAAAACAGGUGGAUGCAUUCUCAGCAUUUUGAACUUGGUCCUGAGCCACAAUGUAGCUCAUGUAGGCCAGGACUUAACCUUAUAAUAUGCAUUAAUUGUCUUUGGCUCAAACCUGCUCCCAUAUUUAGUUCAGUAAGGUAUAUCUCAACACUGUCUGUGCACGUAUGAAUAUGCACUGCAACCACGCUACAGUUUCUGUGAAAAUCACGUUCUGCAUUGUUUACACAAAGUGUUGCAUUCACAUAAAACAGGAAAUCCCAAGCUCCCAAUUCAUACUCGCAGUAGCAGUCGUCUCCGUUUCGCAGCUAGGUUUCUGAAACCAAGAGAAUCAACUGCAAGUUCAAGUUAAGUUUGUAAAUAUGCUUUAGAGUCGAUGACUUUACCUUAAAAUAUUGAGAUAUUAUAUAUAUUGGGCUGGUAAUACAUAAAGUCCAUUAGGGCAGAUUAAAACCCAUUUAUACCCUGAAGUGCCUUACAGUAGCUGCGUUUGAUUGGUCGAGAGGUGGAGGAGGCGGGACGAAUGUUCUGGACUUCAGCUAGAAUUCGAUAACGGUUCUGUUCGUCAAUCGAUGGGUGGAGAUUUCAGGUUAAUGUCAAAAGUUGUUGAGCCGGUCCUCACCGGUGAAAGCAGGUCGGACUGACUUCAGCAGGCUCGCUAACGGAUUUAGUCGUUGAAGCAGGUGGUUAACAGAAGUUGUGGUCAAGGUAAGUCUGGGUUCUUCGACGUAACAGUAAUUGAAUUGCAUUGUCAUGCUGUCGGGUCCACGCAGGUGCUGGAGUGAUUAUUAUGGAAGCUCAGACUGUUCAUUGCGCAUCAUGCAGCAGUGUUAAAGUUAAUGUCAAAAUAUAUCACCAAAGUCAAAGUUAUUAUCUGUUCGUUCAUUGUGCUAAAUGUCACUGCACAGCUUGUCAAGAAAAGUCAACUUAGGGAAGUGUUUACAGGAAUAUGCUCCAACGAAUAUUGAGUUGAUGUUAAGAUUAAAAAACACUCCUCAUACAACCUCACUGGGGUUAUUACAUUACCAAUAAUAAUAAUAUAUUUUUUAAAAAAGUUGUAAAGCAUUGAGGCUCAUUAUAUAAAUAUGGACAUAUUGUGUUUCAGUCCUGGUCAGUGUGUCUGCAUUGCUGCCAACUAAAAUGACUUGUCUUUUUUGUUCAGACACAGAAUGGCUGCACUGUGUCGUCUGAGGCUGUGCCACCCCACAGGCAUGACUAUCUCCAGUCUUCACACGAGCAGCCCUGCCUCUGCCAAACAGCAUUACAAAAUGCUGGUGCUGGGAGGAGGAAGUGGGGGUAUUGCAAUGAGUGCACGGAUGAAGAGGAUGAUCGGAGCUGAGAAUGUGGCGGUUAUAGAGCCCAGUGAGAUGCACUACUAUCAGCCAAUAUGGACACUGGUUGGUGCUGGUGCAAAAACUGUAGCCUCAUCAGGCCGUUCCACUGCUAGUGUCAUGCCAUCUGGAGUGAAGUGGGUGAAAUCUAAAGUUCAGGAAAUAAAUCCAGACAAAAAUACCGUCCGCACAGACGAUGGGACUGAAAUCUCCUAUGAGUAUUUGAUUGUGGCUCUUGGUUUACAACUCCAUUAUGAGAAGAUCAAAGGACUGCCAGAGGGAUUUGAAUAUCCAAACAUUGGGUCAAACUACUCAGUCCAAACUGUGGAGAAAACAUGGAAAGCACUACAGAACUUCAAAGAGGGUAAUGCUGUGUUCACGUUCCCAAACACUCCCGUGAAGUGUCCUGGAGCGCCACAGAAGAUCAUGUACCUAUCAGAUGCCUACCUCAGGAAGACAGGAAAAAGAUCAAAGGCCAAUUUGAUAUACAACACAUCGCUUCCUGUGCUCUUUGCGAUAAAGAAAUAUGCUGACGCGCUGUGGGAUGUCGUGAAAGAGCGUGACCUGCAAGUCAACCUGAGGCAAAAUCUGAUUGAAGUGCGGGCAGACAAGCAAGAAGCUGUGUUUGAAAAUCUUGACAAACCAGGCGAAACAAAAGUGAUCGAGUAUGAAAUGCUUCAUGUCACACCUCCAAUGGGACCCAAUUCAGCAGUUAAAGGCAGUCCACUGGGAGAUGAGGCUGGCUGGUUGGAUCUCGACAAAGAAAGCCUCCAACAUAAGAGGUAUCCAAAUGUGUUUGGGAUUGGAGACUGUACCAACCUGCCCACACCCAGAACAGCUGCUGCAGUCGCUGCAGAGUCUAGUAUUUUGAACCGAACCAUCAGCAAAAUACUGAAAAAUGAGAAGCCAGAUAAGAAGUAUGACGGUUACACCUCAUGUCCAUUGGUUACAAGCUACAACACAGUAAUUCUGGCAGAGUUCGACUACACCGGACAGCCACUAGAAACAUUUCCCAUCAACCAAGCCAAAGAAAGAAGAAUCAUGUACCACAUGAAGGCUGAUUUCAUGCCUCACCUUUAUUGGCAUGGGCUGCUAAAGGGUCUUUGGGGUGGACCAGGACCAUACAGGAAACUCCUACAUCUUGGGAUGAAGUGAAACCAUCAGUUUGCAAGUUAAUAGUCACAUUCCCUAAACUUUUCAGGAAGGAGGUAGCACCUUUAAAAGAAGUGAAAACAUAAAUGAAUUGUGUAGUUUUGAUGUAGACAUUGUGACUAUUAACAACAAGUAUGAUCAAGUUCACAUCAUUUUUAGAAUUGGUGCUUUGCAUCGCUAUGGAAUAAUGCUUCUCUGUAAUGAGAAAGAAGUCUUGCUGUAAUUUAUUAACCCCAGUCACCAAAUUUAAACCAGCUAUGUGAUUGUAAUAGAAGCAUAGAACAGAUAUAUGUAGAAGAUUAUUUGAUUUGCAACCCCAAAGCGUUUUUUUUUGUUUUUUUUUAAGCCAUUGGGUUUCACCUACAGUCUAAUUGAAGUCAGCCCAGUUAGCUCUUCUAACGUUUAGUCAGCUUACUGCUGCAGAGUAUAAACUCUACGUUGCCCAUGUAAAUCCAAUAAACUGACCAUAAUUAGCCUUUUUAAAAAAUGUUUAAAAUUGAUAUUUUAUAGCAAUUACAUAGGAAACAUUGUCUACCAGUCACUUAGGGUGUUGAAAUGAGCCAAGUAAACAAAUAUACUAUUUUUCAAAUGACUACACUUAUAAUUUUGUAUGUUGGUGGCAGUCAGUUAUUAUUUGUGUCUUAAGGUCUUUCUCUAACUUAAAUGCUAAAGAAUCUAAUCUGUGAAAAUGUGUUUGUUUUUUUCCCCUCAUAAUUGUCUGUCAUCAUUUGUUCAAACAAACAUGUUGUAUGAAUGGUCUCGAGCGUUUAAACCUAACAUGCAAACAACAUUUUCCUACAUGUUAAUAUCAGAAAUAUAGUUUUGUAUAUCAGGAUUAUUAUUCUAUCAGAGCUGUUGAGAGGAUGUUAUACAAUAAAUUAAUUAUUGUGUUAUAAUAAGAUUAACUAGUCUAAAAUCAUUCAAAUGACUGUGAGCACUUUAACCUACCAUAAUUAUGAUAUGAAAUUGAAAGUGUUGAUGAAAAAAUUAUGAAUGUAUGAAUUCAAACUUAUUGCACUCAAUGUUAUUUACAUCCAGUAAUGUUUCUGAAAUAAUUGAUGUUAUGUAA